AGUAAGAAAGAGAAGAAGAAAACACAUUGAUAGCCACACACUCACUCACACAACUCUCGCAAUUUUCUGUGAGAGCUGUAAGAACAACACAACCACACCAAUGGCUUCCAUGUCUGCCAUCGGCGUUCUCAAGCUUCCUUCUUCUUCUUCUUCUUCUCCUUCUGCCUCCAACAACGCCGCACUCCGAAAGUGCAUCCCACGCUCCCUCUCAUUCUCCUCCUCACAACUUUCCGGCGACAAGAUUUCUUCUCUUCCCGCCGCGUCUUCACGCACGUCAACCUGCACCCGCAAUCCUCUGAUUGUCACUCCCAAGGCCGUUUCUGAUUCACAGAAUUCUCAAACUUGUCUUGAUCCCGAUGCUAGCAGAAGUGUUCUUGGCAUUAUACUUGGAGGUGGUGCUGGGACUCGGCUGUAUCCACUGACCAAGAAGCGGGCGAAGCCAGCUGUUCCUCUUGGAGCAAACUAUAGGCUCAUUGAUAUUCCUGUUAGCAACUGCCUAAACAGCAAUGUGUCCAAGAUCUAUGUUCUUACACAGUUCAAUUCUGCAUCCCUUAAUCGGCACCUUUCCCGUGCGUAUGCAAGCAACAUGGGUGGCUACAAGAAUGAGGGCUUUGUUGAGGUUCUUGCAGCCCAGCAGAGUCCUGAGAAUCCAAAUUGGUUCCAGGGUACUGCGGAUGCUGUGAGGCAAUACUUAUGGCUUUUUGAGGAGCACAAUGUUUUGGAAUUCUUAGUUUUGGCUGGUGACCAUUUGUAUCGGAUGGAUUAUGAGAAAUUCAUCCAAGCCCACAGGGAAAGUGAUGCCGAUAUCACUGUGGCUGCAUUGCCAAUGGAUGAAAAGCGUGCCACUGCAUUUGGUCUGAUGAAGAUUGAUGAGGAGGGGCGUAUAAUCGAAUUUGCAGAAAAGCCAAAAGGAGAACAGUUGAGAGCUAUGAAGGUUGAUACCACUAUAUUGGGUCUUGAUGAUGCGAGAGCAAAGGAAAUGCCUUAUAUUGCUAGCAUGGGUAUAUAUGUGGUAAGCAAAGAUGUGAUGUUAAACCUGCUGCGUGACAAGUUUCCCGGUGCAAAUGACUUUGGGAGCGAAGUGAUUCCUGGUGCAACUUCUAUUGGAAUGAGAGUUCAAGCUUACUUGUACGAUGGCUACUGGGAAGACAUUGGUACCAUUGAAGCUUUCUAUAAUGCCAAUUUGGGAAUCACUAAAAAGCCGGUUCCAGACUUCAGUUUCUAUGAUCGUUCAUCCCCAAUCUACACCCAACCACGAUAUUUGCCUCCAUCUAAGAUGCUUGAUGCAGAUGUCACAGAUAGUGUCAUUGGUGAAGGAUGUGUUAUUAAGAACUGCAAAAUUCAUCACUCUGUCGUUGGUCUACGAUCUUGCAUUUCAGAAGGUGCAAUCAUUGAAGACACAUUGUUAAUGGGGGCUGAUUACUAUGAGACUGAGGCUGACAAGAGGUUCCUGGCGGCUAAAGGCAGUGUUCCAAUUGGUAUUGGCAAGAAUUCUCAUAUCAAAAGGGCAAUCAUUGACAAGAAUGCACGCAUUGGGGAAAAUGUCAAGAUCGUAAACGGCGACAAUGUGCAAGAGGCUGCAAGGGAAACAGAUGGGUACUUCAUAAAAAGUGGGAUUGUGACAAUAAUCAAGGAUGCAUUGAUUCCAAGUGGAACUGUCAUCUAAGAUGAAUGUGAAAGGCAUAGCUUUAGCAAUGAAUGUUUCUUGUUUUUGCAUGGGUGUUUUUGUUUUUGCCAAAGGGGCUUUGUAAGUAGUAAGUAGUAAGAAAUGGCGGGAAAGAGAGGACCCUCUUUUGAAGUAGUCAUCAACGCUGUAAAGUUCGUUAUUCCACUCAAAUAAAAGUUUCUUUAUUCCAACA